AUGGAUCCUGUAUGCGAUUUCUGCGGAGUGGCAAGGGCUGUGGUUUAUUGCAGAUCGGAUAUCACCCGUCUUUGCUUGAACUGUGAUAGUUUUGUCCACUCUGCGAACGCCAUCUCGCAGAGGCAUUGCCGUUCACUGAUAUGCAAUAAAUGCAAUUCGCAGCCUGCAGUAAUUGGGUGCUUGGAAGAUAAAAUGUAUCUCUGUCAGAGCUGUGACUCCAAUGGGUGUGGUUGCACGGGGCCAGGGCAUCGGCGUCAGGCAGUGACAUUCUACUCGGGCAGUCCUACUGCAUUAGAGCUCUCAAGGAUUUGGCCUUCUAACAGUAAUGCUUCCUCUCCACCAAGGGAGGUCAAUGCAAGUUUGGAACCACCUGGUUUGAUGUCUAUGAAUGAGAACUGCAUUAGUAAUUCAUGGGAACCCAGAGAUAAUGGAAGUAGUUCGGCUGGGUUGACAACGACAAAUAGGUUGAAUGAGUUGGAACCUUGUACUACCUUUGAUCCUUGGGCAUGCCCAUCUUCGGUGAUUCAACAUAGCGUGAGUUCUAUGCCAUACUGUGAAGAUAAACCGCCAUUCUUCCCCGAGGAGUUAAAACUAUCAAAGGCGGUUUCUUAUGAUGUGCAGCAGGGCUGCUCUCCGUUGAAGGAUCUUGAAAUCUGUCAUGGUGGUGAUCUCUGUGAAGGUCUCAACAUGGAUGGUGUUGAGUUGAAUUUUGAGAAUAGUGAUGAAAUAUUUGGUUGCUCAGAAAGUCAACCGAGUCAUUCCUUUGAGGAUAUUGGAAUGGAUUGCUUAUUUAUGGAUAAAAAUUUCUCUGUUGCUGACUCUAGUUGUCCCAGUGAGAAUGUCUUGGAGGUAUUUUCCAACCUCACUUGCAUGGCUGACAACCACCUUUGUUCUCACUUGCAUCAGGCAUCGUCAUCGUCAGGGCAACCAGAUUACAUUGCUCUUCAAUCUUCUUAUGGUGCUGGAUCAGCAACUGCAGUCCAGGGUAUAAAUAGUGCCACAGAUCGAGUCUUUCUAAAUCCUAAUCACAACAAAAACAUCAACCUAAGUUUUCCCCCUCAACAAGUCAAUUCAAGUUUGUCACUUUCAUUCUCCAACCUCACUGGUGAAAGCAGUGUUUCUGAUUAUCAAGACUGUGGAGUAUCACCAAUGUUUCUAACCGGUGAAUCACCAUGGGAUUCGAAUUUGGAUACCAGUUGCCCACAAGCAAGAGACAAAGCAAAGAUGAGAUACAAUGAGAAAAAGAAAACACGAAUAUUUGGGAAGCAAAUAAGAUAUGCUUCUCGUAAAGCUAGAGCAGAUACCAGAAAACGUGUGAAAGGAAGAUUUGUGAAGGCUGGUGAAGCUUAUGACUAUGAUCCUUUGGGUAAAAGAAAAGCAUUACAAAAUGUGAAGGAAAAGCCAAAGGAAAAUGGAAGAUGA